CAAGAAAACCCUACUCCUCAUUCUCAAAAACAGCCGCCCCAUCCCUUCCCUCUCUCUGCCUUCUCUCUUCUUCCUCUCUCUAUCAACAGCAACCAUGGCCGCCGCAGAUCACCCCACCAGUGACACCAUCGGCGAACCUCAAUGAAGGCAACACCAAUCGCGUCACCUCCCGUCCCCUCUUAUCCUUCACCUCUCCCCACCGGCUACUACCACUCCGCCAACCACCGCCGCAACUGAUGGACCAGCGACGCCGCCAAUCGAUGGACAGAAACAAGCCGUCGCUCUACCUCCCCCCGUUCUCCCUCUCCGGCGCUACCACCACAACAAAAAUAAUCCCAGCCGCUGCUCAACUGUCGCCAAGCCGGCAACCGGCGAGACAACCUUUGCCGCCACCAACCUCCUCCGCUGCCAGUAACCCCGGUGAAAACUCCACCACCUCCCGUCGCUGCUCCACGCUCCAACAGCACUGGCAGCCGCUCGAAAUUAGCCAGAGACGAUCAAAUCAUCCAAACCGCCAGACCAUUCAACCCGUUUUAUCGGAAAAUGAUGGAUUCAUUGGAAUCCAUCCCAGAUUGGGAGCAGAUUGGUCGUAGGUCAAGAGCAGACUACACUGGUUUGAUUUGUGUUGCAUCUGCUACUGUAGAUUGGGAGCAGAUUGGCCGUAGGUCAGGAGCAGAUUACACUGGUUUGAUCUGUGUUGCAUCUGCUCCAGCAGAUUGGGAGCAGAUUGGCCACAUAUCAGGGUCAAAUUCAAUCAACCAUAACUUUGUGUAUAUAACGAAUUACGGGGUUUGCUAUAUAUCAAAUGAAAGGUCUUUGAGUCUUCUUUCUAACGCAACUGAUUUUUUCCAAAUCCGAUUUUGGAGCCAAAAGUUAUGCUAAUUUUAUUUCAGCAUAUCAGCUUAUGCGCGACCCUUUUUGUUUCAUUAGGGGUAUUUUAGUCUUUUACCUCGUCUUACCUCAGCCAUAACACGAAUUUAAAUUGUGAUUUGAGCAAAAUACAUCCAAAACCACUCAAAUCCUCUCAAUUUCAAACCCUAAAACUUUCCCCAAAGAUCAUGAAAUCAAGCCUUAUGUCCAAGAUUUUCAAGGAACAAAUCAAGAUCCGAGUUCUUCUCUUUAAACUAAGUAAUCUAAGGUACGUGGGGUUUUCCUAAACUACAUGGGCGUGGUGAAAACGUUUUAAUGAUAUUUUGAAUGUUGAGAAAUCAUGAAUUUGCAAUGAGUUUUGAAUUAAAUUUACAAUUGUGCAUUGUGAAUCAUUUUUGAUCUAUUGUUUUGGUCUUUAGGCCUUCCCCUAAAUUGAUUUAAAAUCUUAUAUAUAUAUAUAUAUAUAUAUAUAUAUAUCUGUGUGUGUAUGUGGUUAAAAUUGAUAAUUGAAUUAAGAGCAUGACUAUUUACGCUCCCUCUCAUGUUGUAAUACCUCUUGAUUUUGAAUGUUUAUUUAGAAGCAUGGUAUCAAUGUUUUUAACCACUAUUGAAUGAUUUAUGAUUUAUCUUUAAAUUGAUGAGAGGGGUUUUACAUGUUGAUAAAUGUCGAAUACAUAUAAUGAAAGAAUUGCAUAGUUUGCCAAGGAUGCAUGACCACCACAUGUUUGUUGAAAUGAUUGAAAAGAAUGAUCUUUGCAUAAUUUGAUAAAUGUAUUCAAGUAUGAAUCUUCUAGAAUUGUUUGAAAGAUGGUUGUCUAAACUUUAUGCUUUGAAAAAGAAAACCGUGAUAUGAUUUUUAUGGCUCAGAAACAUGACUUGCAAGUCUUGGUAUGACGAUACCAGAUUCGGAUAAUGCCAUAGCAAAUUUAGAACAGAUUAAAAAGACAGAUUUCAUCUCAGAUUUUCAGAUUUAGAACACAGACAGAUGCAUGUUUAGAACAUACUAAAAAUGGGCUUAAGAAAUGUUAGGUGGUUACCCGAAGAAGGCAUGAGCCCUAAAAUUCAUUGCCCAAAACCGUGUUUUGCUUAUAUGGGCCUAUUAUUAUUGUACGCUGGCGACGGUCCUGUGGCGUAGCAGAUUAAGAUACUCCAACCCUUGCAGCACACUUGGGUUGGGGGCUUGGCCGCCGAGUUAUGGGCGGAUCCCAUAUAGCCCGUGGGGUAGCUGAUAUGUAGGGUACACCACCAAGCUCAAAAGUAAUACAAAGUAUAGAGUUGCAUUAACAAGACUGUUUUAAGAUUUUGAGAUGACCCAUGAGAUUUUAAACUAUGCAUGCAUAAUAUUCUUAUGAGUUGCUCUCACCUAUAUUUUAUAUGUAUAAAAUUCAUUAUUUUGGAUUUCUCUCCGUACCAAUACAAUUGUAUUGACCCCCUAUAUUUCAGGGCUGAGGCUCAGUCUAGAGGUCUUGCUAAGCAAUAGAGUUAUCUGGACAAAAGUGAAGAGUGCAGUGGUGAGCCUUCUUUAUUUCGGAAGGCAUAUUAUCUUUUCAUACAUUAGUUAUUUCUUUUGGUUUAGGUCCACUGGGGGCUUUGUCCCAGAUUCAGACAGUCUUAUUGAUGUUGUAUUUGGUAGAGAUUUCACAGACGGAUAGAGACGUCUAAAUAUUGAUGAACUUAUUUCUGUAUUGUUACAUCGAUUUCAGAUUUUGACGAUGAUUCUAUUUAUUAUAUUUCCGCA